CCGCAGGCGAGGGAGGCCGAGCUCGUCUCGUGCUGUCUGCCCUCCAUAUAAUCGGUUGCAUUUUCCCAAGCAGAAAUCCCACACGCUUGCACGCACGGCGUAGAAAUUCUCGUCUCGUCGCGCCUUCGCUCGGAUCUUGCACAUCGAGCAUCUGGAACUUCGAUUUGGCACGAGGCUUCAUGUGACAGAAACGUCGAUUCAUGCAUUCACUCGUACUCUGCCUCACGUUGUCCAUUGGUCUCGCGUCCAGUCCGGUCACCGAUUCUCUGUCGCUUCUUGCUCUCGAGGUCUGAUGGUUCUUCGUCCGACUGCCUCCAAAGAGGUUUGACGAAUGGAAAAUGCCGAACAUCUCGAUUGCCGGGAUUGCGCCAUCGUGACUCCCUCAUUCACUCGAUUCGCAUCGAUUGCGCGUAACAGCCCCACACAGUCGAGCCGGAUGGGCAUCCACGGAACGGAUGUGUAAUAUGGGCGCCACCGUCCCACGACAAUCGUCAUUCUGACGCUUUCAAUGGAAGCGAAAGCGUUGCGAGUACAUUGGACUGGUUCGAAGGUUUCGAAUUGACCGGCAGGACGCUGGACGGGGAGAAGAGCCAUGGAAAAGUCGAUGGAGUUUGUGCGGGAACCGGAUCCCGAGCCUAAACCGAAGGAUAUCAAAUUGGUUCAUUUGACGAGUGAUUUAGAAGCAGAUCCGGUUCUUGGGCCGUCGGACCCCAGACCUAUUGAGAGAAUCGUUCGCGACAUCGUGUGUUUGUUCAGAGACCAUAAAGGUUACAAUCAAGCAAGAGAUCGGAGGUUUGCUGUGGAGAUUCUCGCCUGCUUCCAAGCCCGCAUAGCCAUGGCACAGCAUCCUAAGAGAUUCGGACGCGACAUGCGCGACGACGAUUACAAACAAUUGCUUGACCUAUGCGUUCAACACUUGGUGCAUUGUGAUUGCCCUGCUCAAGAAACCGUCCAGCUACAAGUCACCGUACAGACAGCACUUGAGCGUUCCACAGCCAACUAUGUGAAAACUAGAAUCAAGUAUAAAGAGACGCUGGACUCAAUUAUGGGUUUCAUAGUCGACGUGAAGGCUGGGGAUAUCCGGAAGUUGUUUGAAAUCGUGGAACUUCUUCACGGGCUGAUGAUGGAAUACUUAGUGGAACUUAGUCGACAAAUUGACACCGACGAGGUUGUCGCCGAUCUCCGUAAUGGAGAAAUAUUGGAGGCUUUAGAAAGUGUUCUACCAAAGAAAGUACUCCUUUACUGGAUGGACUUACCCCAGGAAGAGAAAAUCCUGCAGAUGGAGGAGCUUGCGGAUGUUGUUAUUGGAAUUCGUGUGUUCAACAAAUGUAUGCAAAGGGGUGGAGAGCAAUUCAUACUGCCUUAUACUAAGUACGAAGUAGAGAGCGACAACCUGAGGAAGAGAGUGCAGGACACGAUUAAACUGGUAGAUAGUAGGGUGGCAAAUUGCAUCUUGGGAAUUCGUGCCCAUGUUGGAGAGUUUGGGUUGGGACAUAUGUUUAUUGUCCGCCUGAGGGACGAGCUUACUUAUUUCAUGCAAGCAGCCGUAUACUUGAACUCCCUGGAUAUCUUUAUUGUUGAAAGACUGAAUGAAGUCAUCAAUGUGCGCGAGUAUUCCGCGCACUGCGUCAACAGAAUUGUUGGUACUAUUGGAAACCGGAAGAAUAUUCCUGCCGAGCUAGUGUAUCCAGAGUUGAGGAGGAUAGGCAUGUACCAGAGGAACAUUCUGCAAGAAUACAAUCUUCUCAGGGCACAUUCAGUGGCAGCGGAUCCACUCUUUGCUCUCUCAGAGAAGCCGGAGUUUGUCAUGGCCCCAAUGGGAAGCAGACGGCUGGAAAUUAAGGCCAAAAACUUCCUCUUUCUUCCCAGAGGAUCGUCGCUGGAAUGCCCCUCAGACAGCAUACUCGAGAUUGGAGGUUGCCAGAGGGCAACACUGGUCGAUGACGGACAAGUGGAGUCGCUGAAAUCUAGGCUGGAGUAUGGUGGAUUUUGUCCUGUGUCCCUGGUCGUGAAGAAUGGUAUGCUCAUGAGAGGUGACACGAAGAUCGGCUUGGUUCAAACUGGAGACAAGUUCUAUGCAUUCGCAGACGAAGAAGCCAUGGGCAGGUUCUUGAAGGCUCCGCAAGCUUAUUUACGAAGUAUUCACGCGUUUUUGUUGAAGAUGCCACAGCUGAUCCACAUCUUAGGCCUGCACAAUACUCAAGCUUUCUCUUACGUCUCAAUACCGAAGAUAUUACAGCUUUUCAAAGAACCCUUACCAAGUGACUUCGGUGUGCAAACAUGUGCCCACGCACUUCCCAUCCACCGAUGGGACGAGGAGACUCUGGAAAAACGGGUGCAAGCGUUGAAGAAAAUGAGGACCGACAGCACUCAAACGAAGGAGAGUCACUUCCAUCGACACAACCUCUGUCAGGUCUAUCCCAUGAAAGAAAAAUGGACACAAACAGGCGUCUCACGGGGAACGACGAUGGCACAUCACGUUCGAGUACUGCACAAUCUACGGGGAGACUUGCAUGAGAAUGUGAAGGUCGUGAAGGCCACGUUUGAGAUGGAAGACACUGUCGAUCUUUAUCAGCUAAACCGAGGAAUGAACGCCGAUGAAAGCGAGGAAUCCAGGCUGAGAAUCUGCGAGGGAAGAGCUGGAGAGGAAGGACCCAGCUCCGGUGAUCUCUAGAGGCAACGGAAGCUGGUGGAGGCAUCAGCUCGCAAUCUAGAUAUGCAGAUACCGUACUGAACAAUCGUUUCACCUUGCGAGGACGUUAGAAUUUAAUAAAGCUCAUCGAAGUGUGUACUUUGCAAUCAUUGAAUCCAUGUCGUCUCAGGCGAGCAA